GGUUGAUGGAUGGAUGACCGAAUGGAUUUUACUGACGUCAUAGACACGUGACAAACACCAGGCGGAACACUACGGGGGAAGGUGGCGUCUUCACACGGACGUUUAUUUCUGUGACACUGUAGCGUCCGACAGCAAAACAAAGCCGACCAGAAAGUUUGUGUUAACUAGCGUUAACGCAGUGAUCGAAGAGGAAGCUAACAAUUUAGCCUCUUAGCCACAGAAACAUCAGAGGGCCACAGGAGGUUCCGGUCCGGCUGAUCCUCAGACAUGCUGGCGGAGUUUCGGGCUCCGCGGAGGAGGAACCGUGUUCAUGAGGAGUACGAGGCCCCGCUGCCGGUGACUCAAAGCCCGGAGGAGAGGAGCGAUUUCAGGGCAGAGCUCAUCAACCAGCACGUGCUAGUCCGUAAUCCAGACCAUAUCCAGAGAAUCUACAAUCAGGGUUAUUUUGGGAAAGGCAUCCUGUCCAGAGCAAGACCAGACCACAGCAUCUCUGACCAAUGGGAGCAACACAAAGGUUUGUGUUUACCUGUCGUCUCACAGUCCAGGUAUGAGGAGAGGCUGAAGUGGGCAGGAGCAGCUCUCUCUGCUCAGGGAUUGGAUGACGAGGCUGUCAGUCAAAUCUUAACCAAACUCUCUCAGCCUGUGGAGGCGGAGGAUGUGAGGAGGGAGGGACCUCGACCAGAAGGCGGAGUCUGUCCACACACAAAGAGGCUGAGGUCAGAGGUCAAGCCAAAGGCCAAGAGAUUCUGCAGGUUGGAAUCACAAGAUCUGAACCUCAGUUCAGACCAGGACUCAGACUACGAUCCUGACCCUGGCUCUAACUCUGGCUCUGGCUCUGGCUCUGAUUCUGACUCUGAUCCUGAUCCAGAGCCUGUGGUUCCAGGUCCUGGUUUUGUCCUGGUGGACUGUGAUGGGGACGUGAGAUCCACUGACUCUGAGUCCAGAUCUGGUUCAGGUCUGCAGGUCCGGGAGCUGCGGCACAAUCCGGUCUCAGUAUCAGAAUAUCUGCAGCUCAGUGUGGAGGAGGCCUUUUUCCUGGUCUACAGUCUGGGCUGUCUGUCUGUCCACCUGCACCAGGAGCCGCUGUCAAUCAUCCAGCUGUGGAGGACGUUCCAGUCACAGUGUCCUCACUUUAUCAGCUCAUAUGCAGCCUAUCAUCACUUUCGCAGUAAGGGGUGGGUCCCUAAAGGAGGGGGUGGGGCCAAGUAUGGCGUUGACUUCAUGUUGUACAGGAAGGGCCCGCCUUUCUACCACGCCAGUUACUCUGUGGUUGUUGAGCGUGUUGAUGAUGCGUUCAGGGACACAGCGCUGCGUCCGUUUUCGUGGCGUUCUCUGGCGGCUCUCAACAGGAUCACGGCAAACGUCUCCAAGGAGCUGAUGUUGUGUUACAUCAUCUAUCCAAGUGACCUAUCAGAGGUGGAACUAGAGUCACCUGACUGUCUGAGCAGGCUCAAAGUUCAGGAAGUGAUGGUCAGCAGAUGGGUUUCCUCCAGAGAGCGAGCAGAGCAGGACGACAUCUGAUUGGCUGACAGGAGGAAGUGAUGACAUCACAGUGAAUCAAUAUUAAACAGACUGAUGACAUCAUCAUGGGAAAAAAAAAGCCAGUGAGUGGCAGUUUUUAUAUUAUUGACUGCAACACUUUGAUGGCGCUGUUUACCUUUGUUUGAGCUCAAGUGGUUAAUGAAGUUACUUUUUCUUCACAAAAUAAAGAUGACGUAAAAGAAAAGCUUUGAUGUGGACACGUUUUCAUUGUGUGGACAUGCUUUCAUUGUGUGGACACGUUUGGACACAUUUUCAUUGUGUGGACACGCUUUCAUUGUGUGGAUGCGUUUGGACACAUUUUCAUUGUUUGGACACGUUUUCAUUCUUUGGACACAUUUUCAUUGUGUGAACACGUUUUCAUUGUGUGGACCUGUUUGGACACGUUUUCAUUGGACACAUUUUCAUUGUGUGGACACGUUCUCGUUGUUUGGACACGUUCUCGUUGUUUGGACACGUUUUCAUUGUGUGGACACAUCAACAACGUCCUCUUCUAUCAGUUAAUAUUAUCUUAUCACGUCUGUGUUUGAUUGACAGCUGUUUGUCCUCGUCCUUGUCACAGUUGAAAGACGAACACAACUGAAGGUGAAAAACAUCUCCCACAAUGCAAUGCACCACAUUUUUAAUCAGUACAUUCAAAUUUGAAUGUGUUUAUAUUUGAAUAUUUGUCAGAAAUGAGAUGGAUAUUUAAAAGUGUAUAAAAAAACACAAACUUUUGAUCACUCAUCAUAAUAAACAUCUUUCAUUAUUGUUCUAUAUUUGAUCUUAUUUUAUAUUUAGUCUGCUGCAACAUGUGUGCGAUCAAUAAAGGAAUAUGAUGUGGUCAGUUUCAUUCAUAAGUAUGACAAUUAGAAUUAAAGAAAAAUAAAGGAUUUAAAAUAA